GUGCGUAUUUUCUUUUAAUCCCUUAUUCAUACUUGACCUGUUCACCGUUCAGAAUGCUCGAUUCACUAUUGUUCCAUAGAUUAUAAGUCUUUGUUGAGGGCAAUUACAAAAAUGAAGUCCACAAGCUAUUUGCCUAUUUCCCUUAUUCCACCGACUUUUAGUGUGGUCUAUGGGUCAUGACCACUUUUCAUGACUGAAAAAUAGAACGUCAGAGUCAGUAAACCCAAAGAAAGUGAGGAAGAAACUUUACUUAGAUUGAGAUGGUUUUUUGGUGGUGUUGUCACCAGAAAAAAGGAUAAAUCUCAGUUCGUUCCUUUUGUCUCUCUCUCUCAUCACUCAAGAAUUUUUUCACAUAUUCUGCAGUAUCUUAAAGCUAUUACUUACCUUGUUUCCGACUACAAAAACAACCCACAAAAGCCUUUGUAGUUUGGAUUAGUAAUUCCCAUUGAAAGCUUCUUUAAUCCAAAAAGUAGAGUGUGAUACCAAAUACGCCCGACACAGCAAAAGCAAAGCAUCUGACAACCCCCAAACCAAAAAAAAAAAAAAGUAGCAAACCUCAAACACAAUUAGCAAAAGCGCAAAAAACAGAUUCUCUGCAGAUAUAUAGUUCCAUUCCAUUUCAACAUCGAAAACAACUUUGAUCACCAACUCCAAAAUGGGCUCGUGUUGUAGCUGUUUCCCAGGAUCAUCAGUAGAGAUUCCAAUUUCCUCCGCUUCAGAUUCAUCCCGUGAUCAUCAUCGUCAUCAAUUUCAUCCCAUUCCAAUAUUUGUCCCCAUGGAAUCAUCCGAGCAGCACUCCCCUGUUGAACCUACGCCACAACCCGAAAUCGGACAAAUUCUCGGCAAACCGUACGUUGACAUCACAACCCUUUAUGCUCUAGACAAGGAACUAGGCAGGGGACAUUUUGGAGUCACGUAUCUUUGCACUGAAAAAGCCACAGGGUUGAAGUAUGCGUGCAAGUCGAUAUCAAGAAGGAAGCUGGUGACUAAGAAAGACAUUGAAGAUGUGAGGAGGGAAAUCUCCAUAAUGCAGCAUCUGAGUGGGCAACCGAAUAUUGUUGAGUUCAAAGGGGCUUACGAGGAUAGGAGGCACUUGCACUUGGUGAUGGAAUUAUGCUGCGGUGGUGAGCUUUUUGAUCGGAUUGAUGCAAAAGGAGGAGGUUAUUCUGAGAAAGAAGCUGCGAGGAUUGGGAGGCAGAUUGUGAAUGUUGUUCAUGUUUGUCAUUUCAUGGGCGUGAUUCAUAGAGAUCUCAAGCCUGAGAAUUUCUUGAUGGUGAAUAAGGAUGAUGACUCUCCAUUGAAAGCCAUCGAUUUUGGGCUCUCUGUUUUCAUUGAAGAAGGGAAAAUCUACACUGAAAUUGUAGGAAGCGCAUAUUAUGUAGCCCCAGAGGUACUGGGGAAACGAUAUGGGAAAGAAAUAGAUGUUUGGAGUGCUGGAGUCAUUUUGUACAUUCUUCUCUGUGGAUUUCCUCCCUUUUGGGCUGAAACGGAGAAAGGUAUUUUUGAUCAAAUAAGAAUGGGACAUCUAGAUUUCGAAAGCUCUCCUUGGCCUUCCAUCUCUGAUGGUGCAAAAGACCUUAUCAGGAAAAUGCUUACAAUGGAUCCUAAGAAAAGGAUUACUGCUGCCCAAGCUUUAGAACAUCCGUGGCUCAAAGAGGGAGGUGAAGCAUCUGAUACGCCUAUUAACAGUGUGGUCCAAAUCAGAAUGAAACAAUUUAGAGCAAUGAACAAGCUCAAAAGACUUGCCCUCAAGGUACAGCAAAUUUGACUUGAUUCAUCAAUGUACAUUUUUCUGGAUUAAUUGAAUGCUAAAAAAAGGCGAAAUUACUGGAAGAUCAUUGCAGAGAGCCUUUCAGAAUCUGAAGAAUUCAAGGGAUUGAAACAAAUGUUCAACAACAUUGACACAGAUAGAAGUGGUUCCAUCACGUACGAUGAGCUAAAAACUGGACUGACCCGGUUGGGGUCCAGACUUCCAGAAGCAGAAAUUCAACAGUUAAUGGAAGCUGUAAGACUCUUCUAACUACAGUUUCGGUAUCUUCAUGUUACUAGAACAUACUCAAAGAACAACCAGAUCUAAAUGAAUUGCAGGCUGAUGCUGACAAGGAUGGAACGAUCGACUAUAUUGAGUUCAUCACUGCUACCAUGCAUCGUCAUAGACUCGAAAAAGAAGACAUCGUGCGCAAGGCUUUCCAACACUUUGACAAGGAUGGAAGUGGGUAUGUACUAAUCAUGCAUCUAGUAAGCCCUUUCAGCUGGUCCCAAAAAGUUUACAAUUUACAGAUCCCCUAACUAAUUUCCUUCCUGUACAUUUUUCAGAUUCAUUACAAGGGAUGAACUCAAAGAUGCAAUGACAAAGUAUGGAAUGGGAGAUGAAGAUACAAUCAAUGAAAUCCUUAACGAUGUGGAUACAAAUAAAGUAAGUGCAGUACAUUUUGAUUUCAAAGUUCUCAUUCCAAGUGAAAUUCUUGACUACACUUAUCACAGUGACAACUAAACAGAAACUUUUACAUGAUCACACAGGAUGGCAUAAUUAACUAUGAGGAAUUUGCGAAUAUGAUGAGAAAGGGAACAGUGGAUGACGAAUCCAAAAUAGAUGUGUGAUCUAUUGAUUAUAUUUAUGGUGAAUCAUUGUGGUGGUAAAAGCAAAAGAAUACCAAUCAAGUACAUCAUGGUUCACUCUCAGCUUCAAGUAUUGAAUGAAAUAGGGGGCAAAUGUAAAUUUACACUAGCAGCGACCUUGCAUAUCUAGUGUCUCGUCCAAGACUUUCAAUCUCUGUAGUCCAUCACUCAUAAAAAAUCGUAUCUUCUGCUUGUCAUGGCAAUUUCUGUUGUUCUCUAUUUCUUGUCUAAUUAUACCUCUUAACUCAGCUGCAAGCCAGCAAAGAUACCAAGACGAUGUUAUUAAAAUUCCAUGGAGGUGGACAUGUAAGUUGUAAAUAUAAUGCAAAACUCAUAAAGCAAUAAGUCCAAUUCUUAAUGCUUUCAAAGUGGUUAUAUUAACAUUCCACAUAUCAAAAUUUCGCAGUAUAGAUAAACAUUACUAACAUUCCACAAGAACAGAAUGUAGACCUUAUCAUCCAGGGUCAGGACAUUGUUCUUUUGGUAUUAAUCAAUCAUUGGAUUAACAUAGUGAUGCCAAAUUAAUGAAGAACUGAAAUUGAAGACACCUUAGAUUUUGGUAUCAAUAGUUAAUUAAAAUUCCUCUGAUAAAAGCUUUUUUAAAAAAAAUAAAAAAGUAAAAAAUCAUGGCAUUAUUUACCACGAAUAUGUUCCGUGAAACCAUAAUCAAUGGAAAAUUUAAGUUGCUGAGAAUCACCUCUGGCGUCGAUCGGAGCUCUCCGAACAGUCCUAAGAGCUUGUCGGUAAAGCUUAAGCACUUUUGCUCGGAGGAGGAAAUCCCUCAAAUCCAAAACCAUUCCUGAAUUGGCCCUUUCUCGCCGAAGGAUUUGUGAUUCGAAUCACCAAAAGAACUAGCUUGAGAAUUGGAUUGGGAUGGUAUUCGGUGGUAUUCAGUAAUCAGAAAUAAAAAAUGUUCUCUUCUCUUACCAAACGAAUGAAUCUCAGGCAGAUCAGCCGUCCAUUUCAGGAGGAAGACGGCGUUCUUCUGGGUUUAGAAUUUGGGCCAUUUUGAACUGGGUCCAAUAAUU